AAUUUGCAUAAUUAGUGUAUUCAAAACGCAGCGCCUUCUCGUUCUCCGCAUCACUUCGAGUAUGACAAUGACGAACAUGGCUGCAGUCCAGACAAGCGGUGGGGAAAGCGCAAAAAACGGUGUAUCUAACCCACCACAGACAAUCCCUCUCAAGGAUCACGACGCCAUCAAGCUAUUUGUCGGCCAAAUACCCCGAAAUCUUGAGGAAAAGGACUUGCGGCCACUGUUCGAAGAGUACGGGCGGAUUUACGAAUUGACAGUGUUGAAAGAUCGUUUCACCGGCAUGCACAAGGGGUGUGCGUUUCUUACUUAUUGUGACAGAGACAGUGCCCUCCGUGCACAGAGUGCCCUUCAUGAACAGAAGACCCUACCAGGGAUGAACAGACCCAUUCAAGUCAAGCCCGCCGACAGUGAAAGCAGAGCAGAGGACAGAAAACUUUUUGUUGGAAUGCUGAACAAGCAGAUGACAGAAGACGAUGUACGUGCAAUAUUUCAACCUUUUGGAAAAAUAGAGGAAUGUACGAUUUUACGUGGUCCUGAUGGGGUCAGCAAAGGUUGUGCAUUUGUCAAGUUUGGCUCCAAACAAGAAGCGCUAGCGGCCAUUAAUAACAUCAAUGGUAGUAGAACAUUGCCACAGGGAGCAUCAUCCGCUAUUGUAGUAAAGUUUGCUGAUACCGAGAAAGAACGUCAGAUACGCAGAAUGCAGCAAAUGGCGGGGCCGCUAGGAUUAUUCAAUCCCAUGGCGCUUACACAGUUUGGUGCCUAUGGUGCUGCUGCUUAUGCCCAGCCACAACAUACUCAACAGAUAAUGCAGCAACAGGCUGCUCUGAUGGCUGCUGCAGCAGCCCAGGGUGGCUAUAUCAACCCUAUGACUGCAGCACUUGCCCAUAUGCAGCAGAUGAACGCAGUGGCUGCUGCUAAUGGAUUCUCUGCUCCUCCUAUUACCCCUACCUCAGAGAUCGGUACUGGAACUCCGGGCGGAAUGAAUGGUGCUACUCCCAAUAUGCCUUCUCCUACCAUUCCUAGUUACAACAUGGCCGCCCAGACUAAUGGACAAAAUGGUGAACCAGUCUACCCCAAUGGCUUACACCAAUAUCCUGCACACAGUAACCAGACUGGUGAUCCAUUACAGCAAGCUUACACCGGAAUGCAACAAUACGCGGCAACCUAUCCUAAUGCCUAUGGACAGCUAACUCAAGCUUUCACUCAGCAGUCCAAUGUCACCAUGCCAACACAACAACGUGAAGGUCCAGAAGGAUGUAACCUCUUUAUUUAUCAUCUGCCUCAAGAGUUCGGUGAUGCUGAGUUGAUGCAGAUGUUUAUGCCAUUUGGCAACGUCAUCAGCUCUAAAGUGUUUGUUGAUAGAGCCACCAAUCAGAGUAAAUGUUUUGGUUUUGUAAGUUUUGAUAACCCUGCCAGUGCUCAGGGUGCUAUACAAGCCAUGAAUGGUUUUCAAAUCGGGAUGAAACGACUUAAAGUACAACUAAAAAGGCCCAAAGAUGCCAACAAACCAUAUUAACGUGACACUCUAGACAAACCUAGGACUACUGUACAUUUAGAUGACAAAUCAAGUUACCAUAGCAACAGAAGACAAUCUGGAUUUUUAGUUCAGCUUACCAUUCAUAAAUCUCUUGUUUUAAGAAUUAUUUGAUAUUUAUACAAUGGAAACAAAUAUUACCUUCAAAAUGUUGGACAUCAAGAAGAAGAAAAAUUUCUGAGAAUAAAGACUGAUCUGGUUCCUUGCAGGCAAGAAAUGAUGGUUAUGAUGGUUCCGAUAAACAAACGUAAUCAUGUCUCAAUCUGAUUGAGGGCAGUACUUAGUAUGUUGAAAUGUUCUUGAGGGGGGAAAAACAAAGUAAUUCAAGAUCAAACACUAGAGGGCCUCAUAACUAAUGUUUUUUUCAGGACUGGAGAUGUCUGCAUGGUCCAUAUAUAUCCUUACCCUGUGCAAUAUAAAUCUAUUUUCACUGCCAAAAUUUUACCACUGCCAUAUUAGAAUAGAGUGCAAUAUUUCUUAUUUACACCAAUGUUUUUGCAUCAGUUUUUUCAGAAUCCAACCUGGUGCCAUUUUGAGAGUCGACCUGAAUCAGAUACUUUAAUUUAGCAUUGUGUAGAAUAUUUCCUUGUGUAUCCCUCCACCCCUGUUUGUAAUGGAAUAACUCUAUGGGACAUACCAUUAUUAUUAUAAUGGGUGGAGAGGUGCAUAAUUUGAUGAGAUUCACUUGAACAAAACAAAAACAUUCCAUAAGUGUAAAGAUAUAAUUUUGAUUACUGUUACGAUCUGUUUCUGGUCGUAACUACCCUCAUACCACAACUAAGUGCAAUAUUGUAUUGUUUGCUCAGUGGAUUAAUUUUUGGUAUGACACCCCUAUAAUAUAACAUGGUACAGUCCUUAGCAUAGAUUAUCAGGAGUUACCAUUUAUAGGAAGGAAGUGUAGCCCUAGUUGGUGUGUGCCAUGCCAUAAGCUUUUUAGAUGACUGAAAAAAUGUUCAAAGUUUUAGAAAUUAAAAAGAAAAUGAGAACAAAAUGGUUUUUGAAAUGUAUUUACCAGAUUGCUAGCACAGCUUUAGUCUAUCAACUAAUGUUAACUUGAGAUAACUAGUGUCUUCUAGCUACAAGACAUAUCAUAUUUAUCUUUUUAAAAAAAAAAUGGAGUUUCAGAAAUCCUUUCAAAAUUUACCUAAUUCAUCCCAAAGUGCAGUUUCCGAAUGUUUUUCUUAUGGAGCCCUUAUCAAUGAACUCCAUCCAAGAAAACAAAAGAACACCAACAAAGAAAUGAAAAGAUUUCUGACUUCACUAAUUUCUUUUGAACUUUCACCUUUGGUUUCAUCUUUGACCUUUAAUAGUUAAUAAAACAAAAAAUAAAAACAAAAAAUAAAUUAAAAAAAUGUAGUUGCUGAAUAUAUUACAAAACUUUUGAGAUGCUGAGAUUUGGUAGUCUGUAUGUACGACAUUAUACACAGUUUUUACAUGCAGCUUUAUUGGAUGCUUUAGUUUGUAGUAAACACUUUAUCUCCCAAAUUUUAUAUAAUUGAACUUGAAUGAGGAUAUCUUGGUUUGUGUUUGUCUUUUUAUGAGACUCCUUUAAAAAAUUCACAAAUGUGCAAUAUCUGAAUCAAGUUGUGUUUGUUCAUAAAUUUAUUUAAAUUCAUCAUUGUAUUCACUUCAAUCCCACACUGAGAAUGGAUCAAAGUUCUAAAGUGAAAACAAAAGAAAUUGAUACAUGUGACCUGCGAUGGCAGUGUAACUUAUUUAUUUGUUUAUUCGCUAAAUUUAUUUAAGCUUUAUACUCAUUUAUGUAUUCUGUAUUUAUUUGCCGAGUUGGAGAUAUUUUAAUGUAAAGACAUUUAUGCUAAUAUCAGGUAAUGUAAUCUGUAUCUUGACCAAUCAACAAGCUGGAUUUCCUCGCCUAUUAUUUGUACAUGCUGUUAACCAACAAUUUACACGAUGCUUACAUUUUUUCAUAAUUUUCAAUAUUCUGUGAAAUAUGUGCUGCUGAAAUGAAAUUAAACGGUAUUGAUUUUUGAAUACCGUAAGUUUUAAAUAAUCUGAGUGACCGCUUUGGGCAUUCAAGUUUGAGAGAAAUCAAAUGAAUGAAUUAUUUUAAGAAUUAAAAACUGUACAAAUCUAUGUUUCUAUUUUUCAUGAAACCUGUAAAGUUCCGGAUAUAAAUAUUUUAAUUCCAAUCUUUUUUCUCUGUAAACUAAUUCAAAUUUGUUAUAUCUGUAUACUUAUACGUUAAUGUUGAGUUGUGCUGAUCGGAGUACGUAAAUGGUGUAUUCAUGUCGAGUGCAGUUUCCCUGUAUUUUGGAAUUGGGUUAGGGUAUUAGGGCAUAGGGGGUGCAGCUUGUUGAUUGGGGGGGUACAACCAAAUCUGAUAUUGUUAUAUUAUUAUUAUUGAUAAUUUAUUAUUAGAAUUCUAUUGUUCUUAUACUAUCUUUUUUUCUUCAUUUUUGCACUUUUUUGAGAAUUACAAUUUUUCAAAUCAAGGUCGGAUGACUUUAUAUACAAGUCACGAUUACUUUUAUAGUUAGACAAAUUUUCAAAUGAUAUUUAACAAAUAGCACCAAACAUAUUUAUAAUGUAGACGUAGUUUUAGCCUUAGCAUGCAGUUUGUAGUUUUUGAGAUAAAAAAAGAUAAAAUUAACCAACGAUAAAACCUGGCAUGAUUUACUUUA